UUCACAAUCCCAUUUCAAAACCCUCCCUCUCUCUCUCUCUCUCUCUCUCUCUCUCUCUCUCUCUCUCUCUGAAAGCCAUGAAAAAGUUCACUCCCGCUUAUACUCUUCCUCUUCUUCUCCUCCUCCUUUUUGUCCCCAUCUCGGUUUCCGCGGGAUGCGAAUGCAAUUCGGAAACCGUAGACCAUGACAAGUUCAAAGUCCUCAAGUUCAAGCUAGUUGCAAUAAGUUCAAUCCUCAUAGCAAGUUUCCUUGGUGUCUCCCUCCCAAUGUUGGGCAAGAAAAUUCCGGCCCUAAACCCCGAAAAUGACAUCUUCUUCAUGAUCAAGGCCUUUGCUGCCGGUGUGAUUCUAGCAACAGGUUUCAUCCACGUGCUGCCGGACGCUUUUGAGAGCUUGACAAGCCCUUGCCUCAGCGAAACCCCGUGGGGGAACUUCCCCUUUACCGGCUUCAUCGCCAUGCUUUCGGCGAUUGGGACGAUGAUGAUCGAUACCUUUGCCACCAGCUAUUAUAGAAGAUCUCAUUUCACUAAGCCACUGCUGGUGAACGAGGAUGAAGAGAUGAAUGGGGUGCAUGAGGGUCAUGUGCAUGUUCACACUCAUGCCACACACGGCCAUGCUCAUGGUUCCGGCGUGAUUGCGGCGGAGGAUUCGAUUUCUUCUUUUGAGCUUGUUAGGCAUCGAGUGAUAUCACAGGUUCUGGAGCUGGGAAUUUUGGUUCAUUCAGUGAUUAUUGGGAUAUCUUUAGGUGCCUCACAGAGUCCCAAGACAAUCAAACCUCUUGUAGCAGCUCUUACUUUCCAUCAAUUUUUCGAAGGCAUGGGCCUUGGCGGGUGCAUAACUCAGGCCAAAUUCAAGUCCAGGGCCAUUGCAACAAUGGUGCUUUUCUUCUCCCUCACCACCCCAAUUGGAAUUGGUGUUGGAAUGGGAAUAUCAAACAUUUACAAUGAUACCAGCCCAACUGCUCUAAUUGUGGAAGGAGUCUUCAACUCUGCAUCAGCUGGGAUCCUAAUAUACAUGGCUCUGGUUGACCUGCUAGCAGCAGAUUUUAUGAACCCAAGAAUGCAGAACAAUCUAAGGAUCCAGCUUGGGGCUAAUGUUUCACUUCUUCUGGGCUGUGGAUGCAUGUCUCUUUUGGCCAAAUGGGCCUAAAUGCCUCAAUGUAAUUAGGGCUUAGGCUUCGCUGUGUACUUUCGUAUUGUAAUAUAGUCUAGUGGAAAUUUAGUAAUGCUCAA